AUGGAGCAGUUCCUGCGGCGGACCAGCACCGAGCGCAUCCGCUGGCAGACGAAGUACUACCGGACGGACCGGAAGCUGCUGGACAAGCCACUGUUCCAGCAGAUCGAGGAGCUGAUCGACCUGGGCGCCCAGGACUUUGCCGAGUGGCUGAACGGGCUCGGCGCGGAGAAGUCGAACAUUACGCGCGACAUCAUCAAGCAGCUGUUCUCGAUCGAGAUCGAGGAGGAGAUUGCCCGGGCGAUCCGGGUCGACGCCCGGGAGGUCCGGGCCAUCCCGACCGAGGCGGCCCGCGACUGGCACCUCGAGCACAUGGCGCUGGAGGAGCGCAUCGCGCAGGUGAUGCGGGCGGACCGGCUCGUGGAGAACCGGGCGGCUGCGGCCCGGCCAGGAGGACACGGACGCGUUGCCUUCGGGCGAACGCUGCCCCGGGAGCUGCAAGGGCCGCCGGGACGGAGCGCCGCCGACCAGGAGGUCCUCGGGCUGAUGCCCGACUUCCCGAACGACCUGCGCACGCUGAAGACGACGCACUCGUGUAUAUCUGUGUUUGUGUAUUGA